AUGACUGUUGGGCCAGUCUGGGGGAGAGCCACUAGCUAUGAAGGGCCAGUUGGUGGGUCUUUGGACAGGGAGGACCCCUUCCCUGCGGCAGGUGCGGGGUGCCCUGCAAAGUUCGGCGGCGGCGGAUGGAGGCGGGUCUGCGCCCAGCCUGGGGCCGGGAAGCUCCAACCUCUGGAGAGGGAGGAGCUGCUGCCCUGGUGGGGCAGGUGGGGGGAGCCUGGGCCCAGGUGUGUCCGGGGCUCUGGGAAGUGAUUGCUCCCUGGCGGACGCAGGCAAAUUAAAGCAGUCUUGGCCCCAGGAUACCGCUCUGGGAAGUCGCGUUCGUCUCCCAAAGGAUCCGUCGGUUCUUCGGAGGAAGGCCAUGGAAGGGGAAGGGUUAAGAAACUUCAAGGAACUUCGAGCCAAAUUUCAAAAGUUUGAUGUGCCCUCUCUUCCAAGACCUAUAUUCCCAGCAAGAAUUUGUCAAAAGAGCGAUAUUGGAAACACACAGUCAACAGGUGUUUUGGCCAAUGAGAAACCCCUCUCCUCCAACCACAGUCAGCUCCCACUGUAUUGUUCUGGCGGUGAACCCCAGCCUCUUCAACCCCAGAAAAUGAAGUCCUCCCAGAGGAGCAAGAUUCAGAGAUGUUCUGAUUCCUCAGAACCUCCAGAAGGGUCUACUGAUUCUGCAGUAAAGUCACAGAAGACGUCUCUGCUGUUAGACGUGAAUCAGUCACGUGCUGACAUAACCCAUGAGAGGAAUGUCAUGGUGACUGACAGCUUCAAAGACAAGCUCUGGAAUUGGGAGAAGGUUUCAUCUCACAAAAGUGGGAUGUCUUCAGCCUUUGUCCUUGCCAGUCGUGGAAGAAGGGCCUUCCAUCUGGAGGAGGAGAAAAGCAUAGGGCUUGCUCCACAGGAGCCCAGGGGGAAGCUAGAAACAGGAGGAGGCCAGACCCUUCCUUCCCAGAGGCAUUUGAUGGCCCCCCAAAAUUCACUUGUCUCCUUUCAAGAUCGUACUUCUCUACUUUUUCAAUGUGGCACGAAGAGCCUAGAAAGUCCCUAUCCUGAGAGGAGCCCCGUGGGGAACACCUGCCAGCCUGUCUAUGAGAGUGAACUUGCCAUCCAGGUCCCCGAGAAACAGCCAGAUGACAGGCAUCACCAACUUCUCAAAACAAAGCCACUGCCUUCCAUCAAGUCCCUGGGUCCUCCUCCCCCAAAGCCUCCAAAGCCCCCAGCCGUGAAUCUCCAGGCCUUCCAGAGGCAGGCAGCUGUAAUUGCUAAGACCCACACGGAAGCAGCUGUGGAAGAGGGCUGCCUGCCUCCAGAGAGUGCUGAAUUUGAAGAACCACAUAAUUAUGAGGCGACAAUUUCAUAUCUGAAACACUCUGGCAACUCCAUUAACCUGUGCACCGCAAAAGAAAUUGCUGAUUCAACUUACGAAGUCGAAAUCGAAGAACUGCGAAAGCCUUGGAAGAGUGGUCUCCGUGGAGAAUUUAGCCCUACACAUGAAGAUGAAGGUAAAAAAGAGAAGGAAAAGGAGCUGUGUGAAUUGGGACCUCGAAAACCAGAAAGGGAUCUACAUUCAAGCCGUCUUUUCGAGGGGGCUGCCUCUGGAGGGAUGCUGGGAAGAAACAAGGUGAUGAAGGUCCACGGAGGCAGCAGGAGCCCGCUGCCCGGGAAACAGGACACUGGGAGCAUCAUCGCUGUCCAGACAAAGCCCCGCCCCCAUGACCCAAAGCUGGCCAGACACUCCUUAAGCCACGGUGGGUAUGUGGAGGCCUUGGAGGUCAGUAAAGAAAUGCCAGGCCAGGGGGCCUGGAAGCCUCGCUCCAUCUCAGAGGAGACAUAUGACGAUGUUGAGUGCCCCAGCAGAGGGAGAACAAGGUCAGAUUUCUCUAGCUCAUUUGCUUCAGAUGAUGUUCUUUUAAUUCCAGAAGAAAAUAGUGAAGAAGUGUAUGAAGAGGUCUACAAAACAAAAGGCAACUACCCAAAAAUAGACUUAGACGGAAAAGAAGCACUUAAAAGACUGCAGAAAUUCUUGAAGAAAGAAAAGAACAGAUUUAAAAUGAAGAAAAACAAGUUGAAAGAAAAUGUAAGUGCAUUUUCCAUUUCGCUGCCUGAUUUAGAACUUAGGUCUCAGGAAGUUAUUAUCUAUGAUAACGUCGAUAUAAAUGAAAAAGAAUCCAGAAAUGAAGAUAAACUAAAAACUUGGAAGCCCAGGUUUUUCAUGGCAAAGGAAAAGAAAGAGAAAAAAGGUGUUGAAGAAUCUGAAAGAAAUUUCUUUAGAACUAAGAAGCAAAACUUAGAAAAGAUCAGAAUGGAAAAAGAAGAAAAACGUUUUAGAGAACAAUUUGAGUAUGAUAAAGAGAUUACUGUCAUCAACACAGCAGUGGCAUGUUCCAGGAAUUCAAGAAAUGGAAUGUUUGAUUUGCCAAUAACCCCUGGAGAAGAACUGCAAGUCAUUGACACCACUGAAGAAAAUCUAGUGAUUUGUCGCAAUUCUAAAGGCAAAUAUGGAUAUGUACUAGUUGAACAUCUAGAUUUCAAGCAUCAAGGUUGGUCGCCUUAGGAAGAUGAAGCUCCAGGGGCAGGGGCUCCACUAGGAAGGACUAAUCUGAGACCUUAGGUCUGCCUCACCUGUUCCAGUUCACAGGUCAAUUGGGAUGGUGGGAUCUGUGGAACUGGAGAAGAGAAAAACAAAUCCUCCAUAUUUAGAUGUUGGUUUUACUCCUAAAUGGUUAUCUUUCAAUGUCUAUUUCCGUAUCUAUUUCACUGCUGGCUCAAGAGAAUGUGAAACUGUGUGUGUUAGCAUUUGAGCACUUAUUUAAUGAGCCAUAGCCAAAGUUAGAAAUCAUGCCUUAUGGCACCUAGGCAGUUGUGCAGAUGGUUAGUUUGCUUCUAAUAUUAGUAUACGAGUGUUUAUAAUUUCUAGAAGAUGUUGUGCAUUUAAAUUGCAUGUAAUUCUGAAAAAUAAAUAAUGUAACCAAGAUCUUUUAAA